AUGUUCGCAAACUUUUUCAAGAAUCUUAUUGUGAGUUCCUUCGGAGCAUACAUCGAGGUAUCCCAUAUCUAAUUAUAUUUUUCAUAGGACUUCACAAGUAAAGACAUAGAGAUUGAUAAGUGGAAUGGUUGUGUGUUGAAGCAAAAUGUGACAAUAAAAAAGGAUGCUCUUGAAAGUAUCUUUAUGUCAGUCUUAGGUGCACCAAUUAAGGUAGCAAAGGGAUAUAUUCAGAAUCUUAGCAUCAAUGUCCCUUGGAGCAAACUUCUAACUUCUCCUUGUGAAGUUAACCUUGAUGAAAUACAUGUAAUUCUCAAAUCAAGUUCUACUUACGACAAUCAAUUUGCCAAAAAACUGAUAUGGAAACUUAAAAAGCUAAAAGUUUCAGACCUACUAGAGCAAAUUAAGAAAAAUCAAAGUAUGAAUGGGGACUCAUAAAUUGGUAAGAUGGAGGAAAAGGAAUCUUAUAUGAAAAGGCUGUCUAAUAUAAUAUCAGAAAACUUGCAGUUAGUUGUGAAAAAUGUUCACAUUAGAUUUGAGGAUAGCAAACUGGCAAGGAAAGACCAAAUGACUAACUUUGGAAUCAUUUUUAACCAACUCAAUUACUCUAUGACUAAUAGCAAUUUCUAAAGGACAUUUAUUAACAUUGACGAUAAGAGAUCUGAACAAAAAUCAUAUUCAAUGCUUGAAGUAUAAUCAUUAGCCUUAUAUUGGAAUUCAGAUGCAAAAGAAUCAUGGAACAAAAAUAAAGAUUUUAUGGCACUCUCUGCAUAAAAGCACAUUGACUAUUCCAAAAAAUUCGUUGAUAAUCUCAAGAAAAAAUAGCAUCAAUACUUAGCUGGCCAAUCAAUUCAACCUGUUUUUAUGAUUCAACCUUGCGAUCUGAGGUUUAGAUUUAGAAAAAAUUUGUCUCAGCAUAUACUAAUUGAGUUGCCAAAGAGCACAACAGCAAUGGAUAUUUCAGGAAUUUUAUUGACAUUAGAUGAAGAAAUCUAUAAAGAUGCGUAGUAUUUGAUGAAAUUUUUCUCAUGGCAUUCUUAGGGUGGAAAAGAUAAUAGGCAUUUCAAGUUUAGACCACCCUAUAACAAAUCAGUUAGAGGAAAUGCUUUAGAAUAUUGGAGAUAUGCUAUUAGCUCGACUGUUUACUAUAUUAGAAAAUAAAGGAGGGAAAAGAAUCUUAGAACAAAAAGAUAGGCUGAAAUGAUAGAGUUGAGUCAAUUAUACUUCAUGCAAACAGUGAAUGAUUUUUACGAGAGAUAAGGCUAUUAAUAAAGAUUAGUAGAAAUAAAUUUAAAUUCUUAAGACACAGGAUCUAAUGCUAUUGAAAAGAAGUUCACAUCUUAAUAAGAGAUGCAAGAUAGAGUAAUAUAUUUAGAGACAAAGCUAUCACCAGAGUAGAUAGUUGUUUCUUUGAAAAGAUUGGAAAAAGCAGCUUAAGCCAAAAUCUAAGACGAAAUUAAUAACUCAGGCUGGAAGAGUUGGAUCCCUGGUAGCUUAAAAAACUAUUAUAGAAGUCAUAUUUCUGGCUCAUAGGCAUCAUCAGAUUCUUCUCUUUCAUAAAAUGACUUAUAAGAAUUUGACCAAAUGGUUAUUAAUUAUGAAGGUAUAGGAGAAUAACAAAUUGAUGAUGAAGAAAAUAAUUUUGACCAAUUAACAAAUCAAUCCAGUUCUAAUCUAUUAUCUGGAUAAGAAUCAUCUCCAUUAAAAUAAGAGUACAAAAAUUUUGAAGUCAUAGAUAAACUUAUUGACAAGUAGAAAUUUUCAAAAGCUAUUUAAAAGAAAAAUCAAGAUAAAUUUAUUCAUAAUAAAGCAAAUGAGAUAAAUCUUCUUGAUUUAAGGAAAAAAAUGACAAGGGCAAAAAUGCUUGAACAAAUUACAGAAAGAACUGAGAUUGAUGAAGAAGCCAAUACAAAUGUUAACAAUGGUUUACCACUCAUAAGGUCAUAUGAAGAAGUAAUGUCGGGAGAGAUCCAGAUGAAUCCCUUCUUAAUAUUUCAAAUUUGCCAAAAAUCUAUCAACAAAAAAAGCGAAAAAAUUGAGUAAUACAAGAUAGACCUAUUCAUUAACUCUCUCUAAGUAUUCUACAAUAGAGUUCUAUUAUAAAGAGCACAGACUUUUAUGAAUACUGCAACAAUUAGGAGAGUCUAAAAUGCAUCAGCUGAAGCUGAUUUUGACUCUAGAUUAUAAUAAAUUAAGAAUAAAACCUAGGAAAGGUUUAAAGAGUUAUUGAAAAGAAGCGAAAUAUUUGUAGGAUGCAACAUUAAAGGUAUAGAUAUUAUAAUACCAGAUAACAUAAACAGUGAUGCUAAAGUGCAAAUAACUAAUAAAGAGACUAAAGAAUUGAAGAAUUUCAUGGACAAUAUAAUAAAAUAUCACGAGCAAAUUGCCCUUGAAGUAUAAAGAGAUGUCAAGUAUAUUGAAAGUAUUUAGCUUUAAUAGCAAAUGUUUGAAAAGGAAUAUGCAAGAUUGUAGAAUAUCAAUGAUUUUGAGUCAGACUUUGAAGAUGAAUUUUAAGAUUAAUAGCAUUAAUAAGAAAAAAUGAUUUCUACCAUUAAUUAAAACUUAAAGUUAAGUCAAUCUUAACUUAAUAGUUCAUAAGAAUUCAGCCAAUUAAAUAAUUUACUUCAAAAAUUUAAGCAAUCAUCUUAAGCUGAUGAAGAGAGUAAGAAAAGUGAAAGUGAUAGCAAUGAUGAAGAUGAAUUCUUUGAUGCUUAAGACGUCUUUGACCAAGAUAUAAUAAAUCUUUUAAACCUAGACAAAAAUUUUGAAACUAAAAAAUAAUAAAUUCUUGAGUAGACUGAAGAGGAAAAUAAAGAUUAAAAUCUUAUUAUGUCUAAAACGAUCAUAGAGUUUUCAAUAAAUAAGCUAAAAAUUAACAUUUUAGAGGCUUCAAACUUCCAAUAAGAAAUUUAUCAAGGUCUUAAAAGCAAGUUUGGAUCAUACUUGCCAAAAGACUAAAUUGAAUUCGAUAUCAAGUAUAAAGGAAUCCCUUUUAUCUAAAUUGAGAUUGGCAAAAUGGGUUUGAUGAUUUUUAAGAAACAUCAAAAUACAUAUACAGCUUUUACAAUCAGAGAGCUAGCAAUAAUAAAUUUGGAAAAUAGUUCUAUUAUAAAAAAAUCACAAUAAAUAUUACUAAGAUCUCAGAACUAUGAACAUGAUGAUUUCAUGGUAGAACAAGAAGACAUUUAAAAUACAUAGGAAAGUCCCUUAAAAAUGCAAAAACCUAUAUAUGAUAUUGAGGACGAGGACAGAAUCCAUUAGAUUGAUUAAAUGAAUGCUGAUGAGGACAACUUUGUAAUACUUACGAUAGGGAAUAAAUCAAUCUCAGAUUAAUAAGUAAAAUGCAUAAGUUGCAAUUUGGAUAACUUGGAGUUUUAAAUUAGUGAGAAUCAGCUUAAUAAAAUAAUGCAAACUCUUAUUAACGACUUUCCAAUUAAUAGUAAGCCAAGAUAAGAAGAUAAAAAAGAUGUUGAAAUUUUGAUGCCAAAUCUUGAGUUGAAUAUCGAUAUGAAAGGAUUUCAUUCCAGAUUUUCAGUAAAAAAAGAAGUGGCUUGCAUUAAAUUAUUUAAUUUAAAGCUCGAGGUAAAUUAAAUGAAUAAUGAAAGAGAGAUUAAGAUAGAGUUAGAUGAUUUCAGAGUUCUUCAAAAUGAAUAAGAAAUCAUACUAAAAUAAUUUGAUUCAAUUGAAGAGCUGAAUGAAAUCUUAAAGCUUAAAAUUAUUUAAAGCAAAAGCUCAUAAGAGAUAAAAUUAACCAUUAAUCAGCUCCUAAUAAUAUCUGAUGUAAAGCUCAUUUAUCAAACACUCAUCAUUCAAUAAAAACUAUUUAAAUUUUUGAAAAAUAAUAAAGACUAGCAAGAUAUCCAAUAACAAAGAUUAUAAACUGAAUAAUCUAGUAUUGAAGAUGUUUAAAAUUAAAUUACAACCAAAUUUCAAUUAAUCCUUCAAAGCUCUUGCAUUUAAAUUCCUCUAAAGGACAGCAAAAACUCUCUCUAUAUAUUGUUAAGAAAUUUGUUUAUUAGAAAAGAUAUAGACAUUUAAAUAAUAAUGCUAGAAUAGUUCUUGACUUUUAUUUCAAAGUCAUCAUCUAGAGAUGUAAGAUAUCCACUAAUAAACAUUCUAAGAACUAAUAUAUAAAAGAAGAAGGAGCUAAUAGGUGUUGAGUGUAGCAAAGUUCAAAUUUCUCUAAAUGAAAAUUACAUCUUAUUUUUAGCUAACAUUACUGACAAUCAUUUUGAGGAUGCAAAGAAUAUUUAUAUUCAUUUCAAUCAAAACAAUCAAAACGAUUCAUAUCAGUAAGAAAAUUUAAACCAAUAAGAAGUAUAAAUAAUCAGCAUUAAUGAACUGCAAGAAUAUGAAUUAAUGAUAAAACUUUGUAGACUAUCUCAUAAAUAUCUAAAAGAAAGCCCUUAGAUUAUAGGGCUAGAAUCGAUUAAUCUUGAUGAAUUCAUCUUAGAAUGGGUUUAUAAUUUAGGAUUUGAUGACCAUGAGGAUAAUUUUGUCACCCUUUUUAGCAAAAAUCUUUCACAGUAAAUUCUGCAAUAACUAGAAAACACAUAAAAAGAAAUAGACUUUGUAGAUAAUUAUGUUAAAAAGCCAUAAUUUGUUGAAGAGAUAUAAAAGGAAUAAUUUGAUGAUGAUAUCACUCAAUAAUAUGAAAGAUUCUUACUACAAGUUAAUAGUAUAACAAUUAAUAAGUUUAAGAGUAGAAAAGGUAUAGAAAUUGUGAAUUCUAAAAUGUUUUAAUUCAACAAUCUUACAAUAGGUUGUAAGAACAAAUCUUAAAAAUUACAACCAAUUUUGAGUCUACUACCGAGAUUUAAAAAUGACAAUAUUGCAUUUCAAUUUUAAUCAGUUGAUAAAAAUCACAAUGAUAUUUUUCUUGAUUAAUUAUAUCUCAACAUGAAUAAUAUAUAUGCAAAAAAUAUAUCUAGUCUGCUAAAAUCAAUAUACAGCUGCAAGAAUAUUUUGAAAAGAGGUAAAAAAAGAGAUCUUAUUACAAAAUUGCUGCAAAAAGAUUAAAUCGAAAUAUCUUAAGACUAAGAAUUAACCAGUUUUAACUUAGAGCUUUAAAAAUGGAAAAUAUCUUUAUCAUACAGUCACUAAGUGAAAGAAUCUGAAGAAAAUACAUUUAUGAAAAACAUCCAAAGCGCAUUUUCUACUUCUCUAAAAAAAUUAACAUCAUUUGACUAGGAAGAUGACUUCUUCAGUGAACAAUGUGAUUCUAUACAAAUCAUCCUAAAAGGUGAACUUAAGGCUUAAAAAUACUUUAAAAAGGAAAUGAAUAAAGAAACUGCAAAUUAUUAAUUGAAAGGGAUAUUUAUGGAUGUUCUUUCUAAAAAAAUUGUGCUUUAUCUGAGACCCUAAUAACAUAGACUUAUAGAUAAAUUGAGCAAGACAUCUAACCAAGUAGUCCUAAUUCAUCCAUUUGACUUAGCAUUCAAUAUGGAAUAAUAUGAUAUUAUAGAUGGGUUGAGAUCAUAAUAGAUUUAGAAUGAAAUUUAUAUAAGCUUAUUGGAAAUAGAAAUAUCUUUAAGAUAAGGUUACUACAUUAAGUCUAUAAUCGAUAAUAUCAAAGAUGAGAUAAAUCCAAUAAUUCAAAUCAUUCAAAACAUAAAUAAUAGUUAGCAGAAAAGUUAAAAAAAGGAUAACGAUUAACCUUAAGUAGGAAAUAUCACAACAUAAAAUUUAAAUAUUUCUUAAUUCUACAUUGUCCUAUUAAAAGAAACAGGAGAUAGUGAUAGUCAUGGGAAUUAGUAAUAUAAGCCACUAUUUUCUUUGGAGCUUAAAAAUAUUAACUUAGAGCAUUAAAAUAAAAAUAGCAGUCUCUAGUUAAUGAGAGGCUCAAUCCCACUUGAAUUAUACUACUUCAAUAACAAACUUAACUUUUAUGAGCCAUUUAUUGAAUCGACUCAUAUAGAAUUUGAAAAUACAGAACAAAAAAACAAAAAUUCAAUUCUUGAUAUAAAAUCAUUAAAGCCAAUUAAUCUUAACUUCUCAGUAGCUUUUUAUAAUACAAUGUUUAAUCUCUAAAAUACACUAACUGAGGAAUAGUUGUAUUAUGAAAAAUAUAAGUAAAAUUUGACAAAUUUUGGUGAGAAUAGACGAGAUAGAAGGGAAGUAAAGUUAUCUCAAUCUCAGUAUUACAUCAAGAACAGUACAGGAGAAUUAAUUCUAUUUAAAACUAAUAAUCAACCAGUAUUUAGUGAACUCUAACCUGAGGAAAUAAAUGAACUAGAUUUUGACAAAAUUGAAGAAAAAGAAGAAUUAUAAGAUCCUGCCAUUAUUAAUGACUAGGUGCAAAACUAUGAUAGAGAUGGCAUUGCUGAUGAAUUGUUAAUAGAAGGAAAUGAAUUGGAACAUCAUUAGGAUUAACUAGGAAGUGUUAAAAAUAUGAAAAAAUAUGGACAAGAGAUGGCUCCUUAAUCGAAAUUUAGAAGGAAAAAUUUAAGAUUCUUGAGAGGACAGGCUAAAAAGGUUGAUCUAUAGAUUAUCUUUAUGAAUGAAACAUACACAGAAAAAAGUUCAGUUAUUCCUAUCAAUAUAGAAAACCUAAAUUGCUAAAGAAUAUAUCUUGAUGAGCAAAAGUAAGUUUACAUAAUUUGUCAAAUGGUAUAAAAACAUGGUCAAAAGCAAUUAGUAAUAAGGUCUCCAAUGUCCAUUCAAAAUAAUCUAUAAAUACCAAUGAGGAUAUAACUCAUAUAAAACCAAAGAGGACUUAUUAGAAGAUAAGAUAAUUUUGAAGAAUACUCUAAAUAAUAAUUUGAAUAAGGAGAAAAUGAUUAGUUUAACUAGGAAAUGAUAAUUUAGCCAGAAUAAUCUGUAAUAAUACCAUUAAAAUCUUGUGGCUUCUAGUAAAUUAGAUUAAGGCCAGUGCUUUAUCAUAAUGACAAGCAAUCUAAAAAAGAUUAAUCCCAAUUUGAAUGGACUUAAACAGUUAGUUGCUCUCUUUUGAAAGAUGAAAGAGAAAUUUUUGAAUAAAAACCUUAAGUUUUAAAAUCCAAAAUUGAAAAUACAUAGCCUUUUUAAAGAAAGAAUGAUCAUCUGUUUUUCAUCCUUAAUUGCAACGUUUACAGUAUAAGAAGUUAUAUAGAUUUUAAUACUCAGCAGACUGAAUUCAUAUCAAUAAAAUAUUUGACAAUAUCUCCACCUUUUACAAUACAGAAUCUAUUGCCUGUGACCAUGACAAUGAUUCUAAAAAAUAUUAUUAGGGAUCCCUAGAAUUCAUACAUGAGCGAUUAGAAAUAAAGAAUUAUUAAAGAUAAAUAACAUUAUAUGCUUGAAACAAAGAUGAAUUCAUCAAAUUAAACGCUAUUUUUAAAUCCCUUAGGUAAUUUUGAACUAUCAGUUUGUAUACCAGGCUUUUAGCAUUCUACUUUUAUACCGUUGAAAACAGAAGAUGAAGAAGACUAUAAACUGUCUGAAUAUGAAGACUAAGAAAAUUAUGUCAAACAUUUGUUCGAAAAUGAUGGAGGAGAGGAUCUUAAUCAAUAACAAAGUAACAAGUCUUAAAUGAGCAAAAAUUAAUUUAGAUUUUUGAAAUAAAAAAAGAUGCUUUUCUAAUUGACAAGUGACUUUUAGAGCUAAUUCAACAUUUGUGCUAAUUUUGCCUUUAUUCAAGGGUUCUAUCAUAUCAGUUUCUUUUCAAAGUAUUGGUUCCUAAAUAAUACUUAAAUGCCUCUGCAAAUAUAAAUGAUUACAGAUACAUUUUCAUUUGAUAAGUAUGAUCUUCCAUACGAAAAUUUUGACUUUGAUUUUGAGACAGUUAAAAACUUUAAUAAAGAUCAGCUAUUUGAUUAAAACAAUGAUAAGAAUAAAGAUUCCAAAAGUGAAAGAAAAAAUUCGAUAGAUAGUUUUCAAACAGAAACUGUUAAGGACGAGAAAUCUCAUGUAAAAUACUCUUCUGUAAAAAGCAAUAUAAUCAAGAAUGAACAAGAAGUAGAUUAUAAGGAACUCUACAAAUCUUUAUAAAAAAGCAAUCCAUAUGGAAAUAAUAGAUUAAAACCUUGGGAGGCUUACAAACUCUUGCAAGAUUAGGAUAAAGGAAUAAUAUCAGCUCUUUCAAAUGAAGACAUCAAUAAAGUAUCAACAAUAUUCAUGGCACAAGACAUGCUGGAGGAAGAGAAAGCAGAAUUAGAGGAAGAGAAAAAAUAACAACCAAAAAUCUAAGAAUCAAAGAUGUCCAAAAAGAGUGUUAGAUUUUUCGGUGAUUAACUUGGAUAAAUUGAAUGUACUGAAGAGGAGUUCAAGCAAGAAUUAGAAUUAUAUCAUUUAAAAUAAGAGAAAAAUACAAUAGUUUCUAAAAACUCAAUUUAGUUCAUCAACUACCAUGAUUUCUUGUCUCGAAAAGAAGUUUUGAAUUUGAACUAUCUUCAAGUUGCUAAACCAACAUUAUUUGAAACUCCACUUAAAGACAAGGAUUCACUAAAAAGAGUAAUCUUAUUUUCAGAUAGUCCAAUUGAACAACAAAUAUAUGAAAAAUAGCAGAUAAAAAUCAAAAUUUGGUAUGACUAUUGCCUUAACAUUUUAUAGUGA